ACGCUUUCGUGUUUACCUUAAGUUUCACUAUAGAAGUUCAAUACAAUUGACAAUAUGGUCGAAAAAGUCAUUCAAUUGCGUUGUGAUUGCAACCAGUAUUCCUGGGGUAAACAGGGCUCAAAAUCCCUGGCGGCAACAUUAUGUUCGAAAACUCCCGGGACGAAGUUCAACAUCGAAGAGAAUACUCCCUAUGCUGAGAUGUGGAUGGGCACAUACCCAGAGCUACCCUCCCAUGUUUUGUCGACCGGCGAAGAUCUCCAAGAUGUCCUCGAUAGGCACCAUAAUGAACUCAUUGGCCAGGGUGUAAUCAAGAAGUUCAAUCACGCGAAGCUGCCUUACCUCCCCAAGGUCCUGUCAAUAGCAAAGGCGCUGCCAUUGCAGCUCCACCCUAAUAAGAAACUUGCGGCUGAGUUGCAUUCCCGUGAUCCAUCUUCAUUCACGGACCCCAACCACAAACCCGAGAUUGCACUUGCACUUGGCGAUUUCGAAGCAUUCUGUGGCUUCAAGCCUCUAGCUUCUAUCGAGAAGCUCCUGCAACUAGAGCCCCUCAAGCAAUUUCUCCCGAGUAUCAAGACUCCAGAAUUCGACGACCAGACCCUCAAACACAUCGUCAAAACCAUGCUCCUCGCCUCUCCAGAAACGAUCAAGAAGGUCAACCACGACCUCCUCCAACUGCCAAAGGAUGCAUUCGGACAAGACACCUACAUCCCAGAUCUCAUCCCUCGACUUUCGGAGCAGUACGACCAGACCGACAACGGCACCGUGGUCGCACUUAUCACGAUGAACUACAUGAAGCUGAAGGCCGGCGAGAGCAUCUACAUUCCCGCAGACGGCAUCCACGCCUACCUAUCCGGCGACAUCAUCGAGUGCAUGGCUCGAUCCAACAACGUCCUCAACACCGGAUUCUGCCCUCGCGCAGACCGCGAUUCCAUCGACACUUUCGUUUCCGUCCUUUCGUUCCGGCCGCACGACCCCAGGGAAGCAUUGCUCCCGAGCCAAAACUUCGACCGGAGCAAGAACGGGAAGACGAAGUUGUAUGCGCCGCCCUUGAGCGAGUUCAGCAUGCUAGCGAUGGAAGUUGGUGCCGGCGAGACGGAAACGAUAGGGAAAUUGGGCGGGCCGAGUAUAUUCAUCGCAACGAAAGGCGCGGGAAAGAUGAAGGCGGAGGGGAAAGAGUAUGAAUUGAAGGAAGGGUACAUUUUCUUCGUCGGACAGGGCGUGGAGUUGGAGUUUGAGGCUACGGAGGAUCUGCAGGCAUUUACUGCAUUUGUCGAGGCUUCUACAUAG